GCGGAGCCGUAGCCCCAGCCCAGGGCUGGAUGGGAGGUGCGGGGUGCCAGCAGAAGGGCAGGAAGGAAACAGCUUGUGCUGAGGGAAGGAGCUGUCAGGAAGGAGGACAAGCCCAUCCUGCAAGGAACUCGAUGGAGCCAGGCUAUCCAGCGUCUGAAAAACCGGACUGGAAUGGGAAAUAUGCCUGAGGGAACACCCGUGGUGUGAGCUGGCAGGGAGGAGUUGGGGCUGGGGAUGCUGGUCCUGCCCAUGGGAUGAAGGUGCUGGGGGAGGAGGGAGCUCUGCCUUGCCGGGAUUCCCUCGGCAGCCACUGGAGCAUGGUUCCUGGCCUGGAUCAUCCACAAUGUGCUGAUGGGAGCAAAGCAGCUGUGAUGUGUCUCCAUGACUUUGUUGGACGUGGCAAUAAGAGUUCCUGCCCAAGGAUGGGGCUGAGAACUCCUGAUGGUGGAGCAAUGCCAGCCCAAAGGGCCCUUUUCUCCUUCAAAAAGCACCUGGGCAAGGACUGAACCCCUGCUGCCACCCACAAGGGAGGAAGGACAUCUGUGUGCCCAAGGCCAGAGCCAGUGUCCCGCUGAGAUGGCAAGUGCAGAGCCCAACGCUGAGGAUGCAGCCGAGGCUGAAGAGGCCGUCUAUGAGGUGCUGCCCUGUGACAGGAUGGAGCUGAGCCAGCGCCUGGCCGUGGAGGAGCUCAUCACCACCGAGGCCAGCUACGUCCACAACAUCCAGCUCUGCGUGUCCGACAUCCGGGCACACCUCCAGAAGAAGCAGCUGCCCGAGCUUGACCUGGAAGGACUCUUCUCUAACACCAACGACAUCCUCCAUGUCUCCAGACGGUUUCUGAAGGGUCUUGAGGCCACGGCCGGCUCGGGGCAGGAGCAGCUGCUCUGCAUCAGCACCCUGUUCCAGGAGUUCAAGGAAGAGAUGGAGACUGUCUACAAGGUCUACUGUGCCAGCUACGACCACGCCCUGCAGCUGGUGGAGAGCUACCGCAGGGACCCUCGGCUGCAGGAGGAGAUCCUGGACACCCUGAAUGCCACCGUGCCUCACACAGGCGCGUCAGACCUCAGCUUCUUCCUGGUGAUGCCGGUGCAGAGGGUCACCAAAUACCCUCUGCUGCUGGGGAAGAUCCUGGAGAACACCCCGAGCAGUGCCAGUGCCCACUCAGCCCUGGAGGCAGCGGCUCGUGCCAUGGCCCAGGUCAAUGCCAACAUCAACGAGUACAAACGGCGCCGGGAAGUGGCAACCAAAUACAACAAGGCCGAGCACCUGACGCUGCGGGACCGCCUGGCGCGCCUCAACACCCACUCCAUCGCCAAGAAAACCACGCGCCUCAGCCGGCUCCUCAUGCACGAGGCUGGCAUCGUGGCCAAGACAGAGGACAAGGAAUAUGACGACCUGGAAGAGAAGUUCCAGUGUGUGGCAUCCAGUGUGGCCACACUGAAGGAGAACAUGGCAUCCUACCUGGGCCAUUUAGAGGCGUUCCUGCUGCCCACCCCACACCAGAGUGACCUGCAGGUGGACGAGGGCCCUGCCCAGCAGUAUCGCCGCCUCUCAGAGCGCCUCCAGAGCGCCGUUUUCCCAGAGUUUAAGCAGCGUGUGGACAGGCUGGUGUGGCAGCCCCUCUGCAGCCUCUCGGACAUGCUGGAGGGGCCCCAGCAGCUGGUCAAGAAGCGCCUGGACAAGCUGCUGGACUAUGAGGAGAUCCAGGAGAGGAAGAGCGAGAUGGGCAGCGUGAGCUACGACGAGGAGGCAGCCAUGAACACCUACCUGGCCAUCAAUGACCUGCUGGUGGCCGAGCUCCCCCAGUUUAACCAGGUGGCUGUGCAGCUCCUGGAGCAGAUCCUGCGCUCCUUCAGCUCCCUGCAGCUGGACUUGGCUGCCCAGGUCCUGCAUCAGGCAGAAAAGGAGCUGGAGCAGCUGCCCCAUGGCCACAUGCCCCUGCCCAGCUUCUGGAAGGUGGUGGAAGACAGCCUGCAGCAGUCGGGUGCUCAGCUCCGUGCCUUCUGCCAGGCCUUUGAGACCGUCACACCGAGCCCUGGGGCACAGCCUCUGACCCCUGCUGAGGAGAGGAAGGUCCUUUCCCUCGUGAGCAAGCACGGCCCAGACAAGCUUUACCAAGUGACCAGCAACAUCAGUGGCAGCAAGGACUUGGACCUGACCUUGCUGAGGGGACAGAUCGUGGCUCUGCUGCAGGGCGCAGACACCAAGGGCAACACGAGCAGGUGGCUGGUGGAUGCUGGAGGUCCCCGAGGGUUUGUUCCUGCUGCAAAACUCCGGCCCUACAGCCCCAUACAAGUCCAGCAGCCUGGGAUGCAGCUGCUGACCCUGGACAGUGGCACAGAGAGAAGGAGACAUUCCUACGCAUCCCCUGAGGCUCCCAGGCCACAGGUGGCCACCUUCACCCCAACGUUCCAGGUGGUCGCCGGCUUCUCCUUCGCAGCCAGGAGCCCGCAGGAGGUGACCCUGCAGGCAGGGCAGCCCGUGGUGGUGCUGGAGCCCCAUGACAAGAAGGGGAGCACGGAGUGGAGCCUGGUGGAGGUGAACGGCCAGAGGGGCUACGUGCCCUCCAGCUACCUGGUGACCGUCCCCGUGCAGGACCCCGCGGGCUGGAGCUUGCCCGUGUGAGCGUGGCCGGCCCACACCAAGGGCACAGGAUGGGAGCAGCCAGCUUGGCACCUGAGGACACCUCACAGGAGAUGCUGGAGGGAGGCAGCCCCCGGCUGGGAAGGUGGUGGGAGGCACCCGGGGGACACGGCCCAGGGACAUGGGCACGAGGGUGGCACUUGGGAGGCACCUUUUGACGGGAAGCGUGAGGGUGCCAGGUCCUGUGUGUGUGUGUUGGCACAAAGCAAAGCAGCACCAGGGAGUGAGGGCAGGUGGCUGCAGUUAUCCAGGGAUUUGCUGAAAUCCCUGCAAGUGACGAAUGCGUCCUGGGGGUGGUGAGGCUGCACUGCCCCUAGUUAGAGCAGGAUCGAGCAGCGAAGGUACAGCGCUGCAGAGGGAUCCUCAGCAGGGCAUGGGGCACCUGGGCACUGAGCACCUGGGCACUUUGGGUACCUGAGUACCUGGGCGCUGAGCACCUGGGCGCUGAGCACUUGGGCACUUUGGGUACCUGAGUACCUGGGCACUUGGGCGCUGGGCAGAUGGGUACGGGGCACCUGCGUGCCCUGUCCCUGUGGCCGCGCUGGGCUGCGCCGCGCCUCGCGGUCGCCAGAGGGAGCGCCGCGCCAGCGCCCAGUGCCCGCUCGGCUCGUACUGGGAGCACUGGUGCGGGGAGCGCGGGGGGACAGCCCGGGGGGUGCGCCCCGCUCAGGGGGCAGAGAUCCCCACUCCCGGGACUCCCGGGGCCCCUGCGACCCGCACAGAUCCCCGGCGGGCUGACACAGGUCCCAUGGAGGAGGUUUUUUGGGAGAAUCAAUCCGUGUCGGUCCUGACUUGAGGCUCGGCUUGAGAAUGGAGACAGCACUCCCUCUCUCCUUCCCUCCCACCAUUGCCGAGGUAUCCCAGCCCCGUGCCUCAGUUUCCCCGUGGCUGCGCUGUUAGGAGGUGCUGAUGGGGCUGAGGUGGGGAGCCGUGCCGUGGUGUCAGAGGGGAUUUCAGGAGCCCCCCGGCACUGGCGCCGCACGCUGCCCAUCCCUCACCCGCCGCGGGCAGUGGAGCACCCGGCUGGCGUCGUCCCGGCUGCCCUGGGCUCCCGGCGCUGCCCGCAUCAAAGGUGCCCCGUGCCGGCUGGCGAGCGCUGGCACGCCGGGCCCUUCGCCCUGCCCUGCCCUGCCCGGGGGCUGCAGCACGCCCGGCCACCCACGGGCUCGCCGCGGGCUCCCCGGUGCGGCUGUGGCUGCGGGCUGGGCAGCGGGGCAGGGCUGGCGUGUCUGUACCCAGCCUUGAGCAGGUGCCAGGCAGGUGGGGACAGGCCCCAGGCACUGCUCUGUGCGUCCCACGUGGGGCUGGGGGUCUGGUUUGAGGCAGGUGGGGCUCACCCUCCUGUGUACCUGUACCUGUGGGGUGGCUGGGGGCAGCCACCUCUGCCCAGGUGCCCCUGAAAGCCCCGAGGAAAUGGUCACCCACACGAAACCUGCGAGGGGACAGCAGUGCCAGAGCUGGGGACGUGUCCUGGGGAUGCUCCGAGCCUGGGAAAGGCUGAUGGGUUCCUCAGAAAGGGAAAAUGGGCAGGCUGGGGGCCGAGGGUCAUCGAGCAGGGGCUGUGUGUCUGUGCUUGCCCACAGGGCUCACCCCUCCAGCUCCCUGCAGAUGGCUCCGUUUUUUCCGUUCCUAGUCAAAUCACACCAGGUCGGGUUUCCCUCCCGAGUCACCUUCCUGCCAGCUCAGAGGGGUGCACGAGCAAUCAGCCCUGUGCCGGGCAGCCCUGCCCUG